UUAUCCUUUAUUGAUCCCUAUUUACAACUGUUCUUUAUGUUAUAGAACAUGUGCAUAGCUUGCCAAGAUGUGCUCCGUAUAUUAGAUUUCUUGUGUGGUACCUUGGCCUUGCCUCGAAGAAGAGGUUGUUUAGGGAAGCCAAAUGUUCCAAAGACUUGCCAAGCAGCUUCAAUUGCCUAGAGGGUAUGAAGAAGUAGAGAAGGAUUCCUGUGGUAUCAAGUCCGUGGCGGUCGAGAAUGAUCAGUCUUCUUGUGUCAAUCGGAGGGAGAGAAGAGCAGCGGUUUUGAUAUGCCUCUUUGAAGGCCAAGAAGGUGAAUUAAGAGUUAUUCUUACGAAGAGGUCCAUGAAAAUGGCCUCUCACCCAGGGGAUGUAGCAUUGCCUGGUGGGAAAAUGGAGGAAGGAGAUGUAGAUGACUCUGCUACUGCGUUGAGAGAAGCCAUGGAAGAGAUUGGCUUGGAGCCCAAUCUGGUUCAAGUUGUUGCUACUUUAGAGCCUUUUAUUUCCCAGCACUUACUCAGGGUUGUCCCUGUGGUAGGCCUACUUGCACGGAAAGGAGAUUUCAGGCCUUCACUCAAUACUGAUGAAGUUGAUGCUAUUUUCGAUGUUCCUUUGGAGAUGUUUCUCAAGGAAGAUAAUUAUAGAAGUGAAGAGAGGGAGUGGAUGGGUCGGAAGUACACACUGCAUCUUUUUGAUUUCGAAAGUGAGAAGGGUGUUUUCCUCAUAUGGGGCCUAACAGCAAGCAUCCUGAUUCAUGCAGCAUCUGUUAUCUAUGGCUGUUCUCCCUGUUUCAAGGGGCAUCUCCCCGACUUUCAACAGCUGCAAAGAUCCUUAACGCGUACAUAAAUGUUGCAGCAAUUCAUCAAAUCGAGUGAUAUAUCAUGUACCUUAAAAGAACAGAGUGACAUACGCAUGGUAUAGGCUUUAUGCUCGAUCAACUCUUGCUACUUCCCAAAAUAUAUUGCUAAAAUACAGUACUGUCAAAUAUAUUAAAGAAA